CCGCCCUCAGUCGUCCCACCAACAGUCGCAAUCAUGUCUGACGGCGAAGUCGAAGUCGAGAACCCCUCCGGACACACCAUCCUGCCCAAGGAUGUAACGGACGAGAUUGGCAGCGUCAAGCUGUUCAACAAGUGGAGCUACGAGGAUGUUGAGAUCAGGGAUAUCUCUCUCACCGACUACAUCCAGAUCCGCACUCCCGUCUACAUCUCACACUCCGCUGGCCGCUAUGCCGUCAAGCGGUUCAGGAAAGCUCAGUGCCCCAUCAUUGAGCGCCUGACCAACUCCCUCAUGAUGAACGGUCGCAACAACGGCAAGAAGCUCAUGGCCGUCAGGAUCGUUGCCCACGCCUUCGAGAUCAUCCACAUCAUGACCGAUCAGAACCCCAUCCAGGUCGCCGUUGACGCCAUCGUCAACUGCGGUCCCCGCGAAGACAGCACCCGUAUUGGAUCUGCUGGUACCGUCCGCCGUCAAGCCGUCGAUGUCUCCCCUCUCCGCCGUGUCAACCAGGCCAUUGCCCUCCUCACCAUCGGAGCCCGCGAGGCCUCUUUCCGCAACAUCAAGAGCAUUGCCGAGUGCCUUGCUGAGGAGCUCAUCAACGCUGCCAAGGGCAGCAGUAACUCGUAUGCCAUCAAGAAGAAGGACGAGUUGGAGCGUGUGGCCAAGAGCAAUCGGUAAAGGGUGGAAGAAAACGCAUGUGGCGCCUGUUAUCGGGAACGUGUGCAUGGUGGGAGGGAGUUCUACAAGGGGCUGCGGGCCAUUUUCCGCAGCCGGGAUGGAAAGGCUUUGGCAUGUAUCGGGCUUUUUCAGGCGAAUAAACACCUCUUUCAUGGUUGCAUGACACAAAAUGGACACUGUUUGAUACACGGACGUUCAUGUGGUGAUUGGGUACGCAAGCGACGGAAUGCUCCAAGUGCGGCCCCGGGACUGGCGCAGGGCCUCUGAUGAGCCGUUACACAUACUGGGGUCUAGUCGGCAGUGGUAUUUGGAAACAGAAUGAAGGUGCAUCAUUGAAAAGCAGACCUCUCCCCUGGUUGCCACUGUUCCACUCAACUGUUUGCCGCAGCUGGUGCUCCCACCUGAUGACCUGUAAGAAGCCAAC